AUGGACGGAUCACUUGUCAGUUACGUGAACAUUACAGACCUGAGUCUUCAGGAUGGGGGAAGUUACCAGUGUCAAGCCACGAAUGACGUUGGCAUAUCAAACCACGAGGCAAGAAUUGAUGUAAUCGGACGUCCGUAUAUACGUCCGAUGAAAAACUUAACUGUUGUUACAGGUCGAAAUAUUGAAGUUAGAUGUCCUGUUUCUGGAUACCCCAUUGAGAAAAUCUACUUCAAGAAAGCUGCUCCAGUACUUAGUCCAAUCUCAUUUCCUAAAAAUCUAGAAGAAGGAAUGAGAACUUCACUCACGUGCACAGUCUUGGCGGGUGAUCCACCAAUUAGCUUAGCUUGGUUCAAGGAUGGUCAACCUAUACAACAUAACAAUGGCAAUACGAGAGUAGUGACUAUUAGUGAAUAUAUCAUUUCCUUAGUGGUGGACAGCGUCCAUCGACGACACAGUGGUAACUACACUUGCAUUGCAAGUAACAUGGCAGCUUCUGUAAAUACUACUGCUAAUAUGGUUGUACGAGCAUCUCCCCGCUGGAGAUUAAAACCCAUAGGAACUUCUACUGUAUUAGGGCAAAUGGUAAGGCUGGAGUGCCAAGCAAGUGGUCAGCCCAAUCCUGUGAUUCGUUGGAAAUACAGCAAAGAGGAAAACUCUCCAGAUUAUGAGAAUGUUAUUAGCGGCCCACACAAACACGUACUGGAGAACGGUUCUCUGAGCAUAACAGGAGUUUUGUCGUCAGACUCUGGCUACUACUUGUGCGAGGCUGACAAUGGUGUGGGAUCACCGCUAACGGAAACUGUUCAACUCCAAGUUCAUGUUCCUCCGAGGAUCGAAGGAGGUGGUGAACUUAUAGAAGUAAAGAAGUCCAGAGAGGUUAGUCUUUCGUGCAGUAGCUAUGGAGACGAUCCACUUGCUCUGACUUGGACCAAGAACGGAGAAGCUGUGUAUGAAUACCCGGAGAGCAGGUACAAAAUUUUAGAUCUUCAAGAUUUUGGUAGCAUCAAGUUAUCAACGUUAAGAAUAACCUCAGUGGAAAGAAAAGACUCAACUGUAUUUACAUGUAUAGCAAGCAACCCUUACGGAACGGACAGUAAAACAUUUGACGUGAUAGUCAAAGAAAUCCCUGAUCCACCUAGUGGAAUUAAAGUAAAUCGUGUAACCAGCACCACUGUAGCUUUAAAAUGGUCUGAGCCGUAUGCUGGAAAUAGUGCAAUCACCUCUUACACUAUCGCUUAUCGAACUGCCAAAGAAGAAUGGAGCGAUAGCAAGAGGGAACUAACAGCACCUGCUUCGCAGAACUCGGCGACUAUAAGUGGUCUUGAGCCCAGAACGACGUAUUACUUCACAGUCACAGCUGAAAACUCUAUUGGAAUCAGUAAUCCAGGAAAAGAAGUGAAGUUUACAACAGGAAUCGAAGCGCCAAGAAGCAUACCAAGUGACGUCACAGCAGUUACUGUAGAUACCAGCACUGUGCAACUGUCCUGGGAUUUCCCGCAGGGUGGCCAGUCAAGUGACGUAAUCAAUGGUUUCUACGUUGGAUAUAAGGAGUAUGGUCAGAAAGGGCCUUACAACUUGAAUAGAACAGUAUAUGCAAACUCUACAGACAGAAAGUGGAAAAUACUAAUUCGAAAUCUGAAGAGAUGGACGCGGUAUAGUUUUGUUGUCCAAGCUUUCAAUGACCAGGGUCCUGGUUCCGUGUCACAAGAAGUGGUUGCCAGAACGUUUGAAUUCGACCCGCCUCAUACCCCUAUUUUGCGUAUUGCGGCUUCGACCUCUACAAGUUUAAGGUUGGCGUGGCAGUUGAAAACGGAAGAAAAUACGCCAGCUCGAGGAUUUGUCCUGAAUUAUAAGGAAGGCUCUAAUGCUUGGAAAGAUAUAGAGAUAUCACCUGAUUUGAACAGUUAUAUAUUGGAUAAUCUUCGUUGUGGAGCAGCCUACCAGGCGUUUCUAACUGCCUUUAAUGACGUUGGAAGAAGCGAUCCAAGUGAUGUUAUUAAAGUUACAUUAAAAGGAAAUGAACCAAAAGCACCAGAGAUGAGGAGUUUUAUCACAACGAAUAGUUCAGCCGCAACACUUAACCUUCAAGCAUGGAAAGAUGGCGGCUGUCGUUUGCAAUAUUUUGUCAUUCAGUAUAAACCUCAGUCUCAUAGAGAGUGGAUACUGUUGUCUAACCACGUGAUUCCAGAUCAGAAGAGGGUGGUUAUAAGUGACCUCCACCCAGGCACAUGGUACGACCUUUUGGUGACAGCACUGAAUGACGCUGGUACCACAGAGGCAGAGUAUCGAUUCGCAACACUAACCCUUACAGGAGCAACCAUACCACCUAUUGCCUCUGCUGAUACUCAUCGAUCUUCCUUUAUAAAAGAUCCAGCAAUUUUGGUGCCUAUUGUGUGCGCUAUUUUUGUCCUCCUGGUAAUUGUCAUAGUGACAUCUCUUGUUAUUGUGUGGAGAAGAAGAGACGGAAGUGGCGAGAGAGGAUCUGACGCUGUAUCAAGGAAUUCAGGAGGAAGAGAAGAUAAUAUUUCCAUGAGCUCUUACGGGAAAACGAAAAGUAACACUGCAGUUGACAACCAGAGGGAGCCAUUGUACUAUCCGUCUCCUUAUGCAACAACACACAUCGCAGCUGAGACCGGAGACAGAAUUAAUCAUGCAACAAUAAGAAGAACAAGAAAUCGCCCAUCUGACUACACGUAUGAUGUCCCUCAUCGACAAGUGGGUACAAUGAGUUUUGCGUGACGCAUUGAAAAUGUUAUAUUUCGAUUAGAAGACAAACGAAAGAUUGUAUUUUCUUUAAAUAGGUCAUUAUAAUUGUAGGUAUCCACCUUUUACAAUUUAAUUUAUUGAUCUUUUACGCUAAUAUUAUGUAAUCAGGCAAGAAGUAUAUCA